AUGGAAAUUGAGCGAGGUGGAGUUAUCAGCUUGCUUCCUGAUAAUCUUAGCGAAAUUGGUGUGGAGUACAUUGAGGGAUUUAGCAUUUUGACAUCUGGCUUAUUUGGUAAUACAACUACAAGACGAGGAAAGUCAGGAAAAUUUACAGAACCAUUGGAUUUAGGACCUCCAACAAUAGUAUGUGAACAUUGUGGAGCUCAACUUUGGUAUGAAGAGAGAACUGUAAAGUCAAAAACACCUACAAAACCGAAGUUUAGUUUAUGCUGUUCUGAAGGAAAAGUUGAACUCCCUCUAUUGAAAGAACCUCCACCCUUUCUUGGAAACUUACUCAAUAUUAAUAGUGAUCAGAGAUCAAUAAACUUUCAACUAGGGAUAAGAAUCUACAACUCUCUCUUUGCUUUCACUUCUUUGGGGGGUAAUGUUGAUAGAUCAGUGAAUAAUGGUUCUGGUCCAUAUGUGUUUCGUGUAAAUGGUCAAACUCAUCAUAGAAUUGGAUCACUUCUUCCUGUCCAUGGCCAAAAACCUAAGUAUGCACAGCUUUAUAUUUAUGAAACUGAUAAUGAAGUUAAAAAUAGAAUUGAUGUAGUUAUACAUGAAGAUGAUAGAAAUUAUGUGGAUCCAGAUAUUGUUACUGGUCGCAAUUCUGGUGAAAGGCAAUAUGACUUACUUGUAACGUUUGAGAUAGUUGCUCUUAUUAUUGGAGAUUUUAAUAUUGAAAGUUCUGAUAGAGAUAUUAUUGUUGAGAAUCGAAGUUUAGGAUUGCAACGUAUAAAUGGAACUCAUCCAAACUUUAUGGCAUUGCAAUAUCCAUUACUUUUUCCGUAUGGUGAGGAUGGGUAUAUGCUUGGUAUACCUUAUAGGAAUUUGAAUGGGAGCAAUUCUAGAAAAAGGGAAUCAAUAACAAUGAGAGAAUACUAUGCUUAUAGGCUUCAACAACACUUUCAUGAGGGCAAGACAUUGUUGCUUGGUAGGAGGCUUUUUCAACAAUUUAUAAUGGAUGCAUACACUUCUAUUGAAGAAGAAAGACUACAAUGGGUUAGAUUCAAUAAAAAAAAAUUGAGGUCAGAGCUGUACUAUGGUUUGAAAGAUGCCGUUCUUCGUGGAGAUACAGAUCCCAUUACUGUAGGCAAACGAAUAGUCCUACCAUCCUCAUUUACUGGAAGUCCAAGGUACAUGGUUCAAAAUUAUCAAGAUGCAAUGGCGAUAUGUAGAAGGGCAGAAAUCAAUCAUUCCUUAGAAUUUAUAGAAGGCCUGAAAUAUGAGGAUCGGCCAGAUAUUGUAGCAAGGGUUUUUAAGAUAAAAUUAGAUGAACUAUUACAUGAUUUGAGGCAUAAAUCUCAUUUUGGAAGAGUUAUUGCUAUUGUGUAUACAAUUGAAUUCCAAAAAAGAGGACUCCCACAUGCACAUAUUCUUCUAUUCUUGGAUCCAAAGGAUAAGUGUCCAAGUCCAACAGACAUUGAUAGUAUCAUUAUGGCUGAGAUACCAAAUCCAGAUGAGGAUCCUGUUGCUAAUGAAGUUGUAAAACAAUUUAUGAUGCAUGGGCCAUGUGGAUCUGCAAAUCUGAAAUCACCAUGCAUGAUGAAUGGUAAAUGUACAAAAAAUUUUCCGAAAAGAUUUUAUGAAGAAACAACAAUUGAUGAAGAAGGCUUUCCAGUAUAUAGAAGGAGAAAUGAUAGAAAAACAAUAGAGAAGAACAGAAUUCUUUUGGAUAACCGAUAUGUUGUACCUUAUAAUGGAUCAGAUAGAGCAACAGUUGUUGUAGAAGAGAAUUUGCCAAAUAUUGGGAGUGAUGGACAAGAGACCGACAUUGUUGUUGAUGAGACAAAAGCAUACUUGGAUUGUAGAUAUAUUUCAGCUUCUGAAUCAUGUUGGAGAAUAUUUGAAUUUCCAAUUAAGUUUCGAUAUCCACCUGUUGAAAGAUUAAAUUUUCAUUUGGAAGACGAACAUCCCAUCAUUUAUCCGGAAGAUACAAGCUUGGAUAAUGUUUUAAAUAUACCUGGUAUUGAAGAAACAAAGUUUACAGAAUGGAUGAAAACAAAUGAGGCUUUUGAAGAUGCUCGAGAGUUGACUUAUGCUGAAUUUCCUACAAAAUGGGUAUGGCAUAGUAAUGUUAAGCAAUGGCAAAGAAGGAAAUCUAAAUAUUGUAUUGGAAGAGUGUAUUACGCACAUCCUUCAAGUGGUGAAAGGUUUUAUUUGAGAAUGUUGCUUAACAUUGUCAAAGGUCCAAGAAACUUUAAAGAAUUAAGGACUAUAAACGAUGUUACUUAUCCAACUUAUAAGGAAGCCUAUUAUGCACUUGGACUUCUUAAUGAUGACAAAGAAUGGCAUGAUUCCCUAAUUGAAGCUUCAAGUUGGGCCAGUGGGCAACAAUUGCGUCAACUAUUUGUUACAAUGCUAUUGUUCUGUGAAGUAGUUGAUCCAUUAAGUCUUUGGGAAUCCAACUCGAAACUGAUUAUAGAAGAUAUACUAAAUAGGCAAAGGCGUAUCCUCCAAUUCCAAGAACUAAUUUUAUCAAAAUGA